AUAUCCGGAGAAGCUUCAAAAAUAAAACGUAGAGUUUAAACACGCGCGCGCGCUCACGUCUCUGUUCUAAAAAUGCAUUAGUCUUGGCUCACGUCGGUUGAGUGUUGACCAUCAUUAUUAACGUCGGGAAAUUAUUAACGAGAAAUAAUAAGACACAUAAUAUUUAAAAUAAAUAAAUAACGGCCAAAACUCAUAUUAAAUCGUUAUUUUAUUAUACCUCCGGCUUAAUUUUUUUCGCGGGCGUAAUUACUUAUUCAAUUUUUUGUGACAACACGAAAUUAUUUAGACAUUUAAAUGGCUCAGCUAAUAAAUUUGAAAUUAUCCAGGCACGACCAAUCGUCUCCGUGGGGAUUUAGAUUACAAGGAGGCAAAGAUUUUGGGACACCGUUGCUUAUACAAAAGGUGAAUUUUGGCAGUUUAGCCGAGAAAUCUGGUCUUCAAGUAGGCGACGCCCUAGUUAGGGUCAAUAAUCAAGAUGUGUAUGACGUGAAGCACAAGGAUGCCCAAGAUGUUAUCCUGGGAGCUGGGAACGCUUUUGAAGUGACCAUACAACGUGGUGGAACAAGUACAUGGAAACCGUCAGUAACACCUGUUGGACCAAGUCCAGUUCCCAGCCGUCUUUCCCAAUCUCCCCAAAUACUGACGAAAACAUCAUUGGCCAAAGUUGGACCACAAUCUCCUGCAUUUGGUUCUUCGCACAAUUCUGUUUCACGGCCAUACAGUGGAACUUCAUCGCCUAAAGUUAAUCCGAGUGGAUACAAUAAUGAUUCUGGUACUGUUAAAGCUAUUGUAAAUAAACAGUACAACACACCAGUAGGUAUUUACAGUGAGGAGAACAUUGCUGAGACGCUUACAGCUCAAGCGGAAGUAUUGGCUGGAGGAGUAUUAGGAGUCAAUUUUAAGAAAAACGAAAAAAAUUACGAAGCUAAUAAUAGCGAAGUGUUAAGAAUGGUACAGGAAGCCGAUAAAGAACCAAGGGAUUUAAAUACAGACCUACAAUCGAAAUUCGCAUAUUUCUCGGCUUCGAGCCAUGCGAUAGGGGGCCGUGCUACAUCACCACGCCCUAUGACACCCAUAGCAGCAAACAUGCACAUGCCCGAACAGCGCGAUCCAUAUUUGGGUUCUCCUCUGAAAGAACUGGACGUGGAGAAUACCAAGCGUAUUGAGUGCAGUGAUUGCAGAAACGAUGUUAUCGGUGUGUUCGUACGCAUCAAAGAUAAAAGUCUGCACGUCGAGUGUUUUAAAUGCGCCACUUGUGGGUCGUCUCUGAAAAACGUGGGCUAUUUCAACAUCAACAACAAAUUGUAUUGCGACAUUCAUGCCAAAAUGGUUGCCAGACAAAAUCCACCGACACCAAAUUUGGAACCAGUUACCGUAGCACCGGGCUCAAAUCCGCCUUUAGGAUCGUUCAAUAUAAUACCAACUAAACCUAAGGACGUACAAUCCGUGCAGUCGCCACAACCAAGCACCUUAUCGCCAAUACCAUUCCACGCUCCAAAAGCUCCUAGUCACGUAAACGCCCCCAAACAGCAGACUCCGUCAAAAGUUUUUUCGAAUGCUAAACCAUACGAAACACCAAAACAAACACCAACUCCUCCGAUGUUCUCUGGUGGAUACAGCCAAGUUCAGACCGGCUUCAACUCUCAAUUGAAAACAAAAUCUAUUACUUCAGAUGAGUCUAAAAAUUCUGUUAACUCCCAACCAAGAUUACCUUUCUUAAAACCUAAAUCUUCGACCGGUUCUGCAUUUUGUCCUGUGGUUUCUAAACCACUAACUACUGAUUCAAGUUUGUGUCCCACAUCGUGUACCAAGGACGGAAGUCGUACACUAAACCAAUGCAAACAAUCGUUAAGUGCUUCAAUAUCCACCCAAAUGUUGAUAGAUUCGUCCAAAGAAGAACGGUCUCAAUCACCAAUUCCAAAUUACUAUGAUAUAGAAACUUCUACUGCAGAAGUGCCUCAUGAAAUUCGGUCUCUAUUGCCACCAAAUAAUAAUAUCAGAUCCAUUUCACCUACUCAUUUGGUAAUAUUUCCACCAGAAAUUCCAUUGGAGUAUAGAAAUUACAGCCGGUCAAAAACCUCUACACCACAACCAAAGCAUGAAAUUAAUGAAGAACCCGAAUCACGAGGUUUAAUUAAUUCUAGCGUUCAUCAAGUGGAAAGCACGAUUUCUCGAUCCACGGUCGAAUGCUUAGAAGUUGUAGAAUCUAAACACGUUCAAAAUGUUGAAUCAAAUUAUGUUCAAAAUGUUGAAUCAAAUUAUGUUCAAAAUGUUAAUGAACAUUGUAGUUCAAAACCCAAAAUACUUGACAUCGUACAAGAUCACCCGAUUUCUCAUACUACUGUUACUGAACCUAAAAUGAAAUCGAAACAACCAAUCGUUGUAGCCGAAGAAAAUAGAUCGGAAUCGCCAAUGCUUGCCGCACUAAAAACUGCUCCCGAGAGAAGUUAUUCCCCCCUUCCUACUUUUGUGGACGCUUCAGAAUUUAUUACAAAUCCAAUAGAAAAUCUCACAGAAGAAGAAGAAUCACCAAUGACCAUGACAGAAGCGUUAGCAAUAGCUCCCGAUCGUAGUUAUAAAUUAACCGAAUCAAAUACAUCGUCAAGACAUGUAGGGAACAACCCGGUUCGAUAUAUGCAUGGAUAUAAUAAAAAAACACCUGUGGCUCCUUUACUAAUGACAAGGUCGUUAAUAUAUUCACCCGCAUCAGCUAUUGAUUCAGAGGAAGAACAAAUAGCUAUUUUAGGAUUGAAAUCUUUCCCUCCCGUAUCGGACGAGCUUAAAUGGUCCACAGCAGCAGGUGAUUUCGACCGUAGUGAAUCUAGUUUUGAAUAUGUAGAAGAAUUAGUUUUUGAUGAGCCCAAACUGGAAGAUCCAAAAGAAGUAAUAAAUGAAGAAAUCGAUGAGGUAGCAGAACCACCUAAGCCUCAACCUAGACAUCCGUUCACUGCCUCGGGUCUCCAUGAGCCAUUUGAUAUCCCACGUUAUCAACAAAGUAUACCAGAAAAUCCUCAUCGAGCUACCCCCUCUGAAAAAUCUUGUGCAAAAUUAAUAGGUCCAGGAAUUCAAGAAAAAGUAUCUACAUUUACACCAAAGCCAUCUAUAAAAAAUACUUCGUUUCUAAAACAAGAAACUCAUGUAAAUUCUAAGGUUGCUCCUGCCUUAGGUUAUGAGCCAUCAUCUUUAGAUGGGGGUUCAAACAAAUCUAAAAACGCUGAUGCCGAUGUCAUGAAAUCGAGCAAUUCUGAACCCGUUUCAUCUAAUAGCACAUCUGUCGCUGCCACUCCAAAAUCCACUCCUAUACCAAAAUCCUUUAAAGAUUCUAUUCCAUUAACACCACAAAUUUCUAUAACUAACGAUACCCCCGCAGAACCGGUCGUUCCUAUGCCUAAAUCAUCAUUACCUGCUUCAUUGUUAUCUAAAAAAUUAACAUGUCUUACAAAAAAACUACAACCUAAAUGUGUUCCAACACCUAUACCCGUACCCGAUAUAGGUGGUCAGCCGACGGGAAGAACUGGUGCUUCAGCGGGUCUUACAGCACCCAGAAGGGGUCGUGGCGUGCUGAACCCACAAAAUUUAACCCCGGGUGCUAGAGUGCCGUUGUGUGGACAAUGCAAUUUGUACAUAAGAGGACCAUUUAUUACCGCUCUCGGCAAGAUUUGGUGUCCGGAACAUUUCGUGUGCACAAAUGAAAAGUGCAGACGUCCAUUACAGGACAUUGGUUUUGUGGAGGAAGACAACGGUCUGUACUGUGAAUACUGUUUCGAGCAAUAUCUCGCUCCAGUGUGCUCCAAGUGCUCCAAGAAAAUCAAAGGGGAUUGCCUGAAUGCUAUUGGAAAACAAUUCCAUCCAGAAUGUUUCAACUGUACAUAUUGCGGCAAACUUUUCGGUAACAGCCCGUUCUUUUUGGAAGAUAGUCUUCCGUAUUGUGAAAAUGAUUGGAAUGAAUUGUUCACGACUAAGUGCAUAGCCUGUGGUUUCCCAAUUGAGGCGGGUGACCGUUGGGUCGAAGCUUUAAAUAGCAAUUAUCAUAGUCCGUGCUUCAAUUGCUCGAAAUGUAAGAUAAAUUUGGAAGGGCAGAGUUUCUAUGCGAAAGGAGGAAGGCCUUAUUGCAAAAGCCACGCACGCUAAUAUAAAAUACAUACAUCAAUUGACCAUUGUGAAUAAUUAUUGAUAACUUACCAAACAAUUUUUAUUGACGUGUACAACCAUUUCAUUUUAAACCAUUUAUUUAUUUUCUAGUUUAGUUUUAGCUUAAAUAAUCCAUACAUUUUUAGACUUAGAUGAUGCUUAUUUUAAAUUUAUUAACAAAAUUGUACCAAAAAUUUGUUCAGGCAUAGACUUUAAUCAUUUAUUUAUUACUUAUUACGUAGAUACCAAAUGUGUAUUUAGGUAAACACAUUACAGUUUAAAGUUAUAUAACAAUUUUUUUAGAUUAACAUAUUUAGCGACAUACCACAUGUCCACAUACAUAUAGUUUUGGUAGGGACUUGCCUAUCACCAAUUAUUUAUAGCCUUAUAUUUUGUAAUCCAGUAGGUUAUCUAAUAUAAAUCGAAUAUUUCUUUAUUUGUCAAAAAUGUUUUGUUAGAGGUAAUGACUUUCAUUAAAUUAUGGUAUCAUAUUUUUGAGCCAUUUAAGUACAGAACUGUAUGCAGUCUAGCUUGUUAUGUGUCUUACCCUUAAUAAUUUAUUUAAAUAAUUAUUGUAAUAUUUUUAUUUGGCUUUUACCUAAACAAUAUACAUGUUACCCAUUUUAAAUAUUAUAUAUUAUAAAUAGCACCUAGGUAUCUACCUAUUUAA